AUGCAGAUGUGCAGCAGUGGGACAGUGGUUACUAUGUUGAGUAUGGGGAGGGUGCUGUUAGCGCUGGUGGUGUUAGUGGAGGCGGUUGUGCUGCGCGCCGAUGUCAACGUCAUGAAGGAUGUCACGUUGGGUUUCGGGGAAGCACUCGACAAGUGCCGCCAGGAGAGUCAACUGACCGAGGACAAGAUGGAAGAGUUCUUCCACUUCUGGCAAGAUGACUUCAAGUUCGAGCACCGCGAGCUGGGCUGCGCCAUCCAGUGCAUGAGCCGACACUUCAACUUGCUCACCGACUCCAGCCGCAUGCACCACGAAAAUACUGCGAAGUUUAUUAAAUCUUUCCCAAACGGUGAGGUGUUAGCGCGUCAGAUGAUCGAACUAAUCCACCUCUGCGAGCAGAAGUUCGACCACGAGGAGGACCACUGCUGGCGCAUGCUCCAUACCGCUGAGUGUUUCAAGGCGUCGUGCGUCGAGAGGAACAUUGCGCCCACCAUGGAGCUCAUGCUGGCUGAGUUCAUCAUGGAGGCGGAGGCUCGGUGA